CAGCCAUGUACUGGGUGUGAAAGAGGAUUAGGACAAUCCUUUUAGCUUUCCUCUGAAUGGGUUUCCCUCUGCUGUUACAGGCGGCAUUUGAGGAGACGGAUACAAGCCGGGCCUUGUCUGAUAUCAAGCAGAAGCAACUGUGCGUGGAGGCAAAGCAGGAAGAUGACAACAGGGAGGCAAGCCUGUUGGGCGAUGAGUGGAAAAGCAAGAACGAAGGGGAGCUGUGUGGGAAUUUCUCAGGAAGGGCCAAGUACGAAGAGCUGAAAGAGAAUUUCUGGAGCCAAGAGAGACCUGCGUCCGUCCCCCGCCAGGGUGGAGACUUCCACGAAACCCGGGUCCAAAAGGAAAACCAAACAGAAAAAAGAGGGAACGGGUGCCCUAGUGAUCACUGGGGAAUCCACACAGAGGAGAAACAAAAUAAGACUGCCAUGUUUGGGAGGGACUUUAUUGAGAGCAGACAGCUUACCAAAUGUGCAACACUCCAGAAGGAGGAAAACUCUUAUAUAUAUCUGGAUGGUGGAGAGAGUUUCAGUCACGGUUUAGAUCUUAGAUCACAACGAGAUGCCCCCAGAGGUGACGAACAGUAUAAAUGCUCGGACACAAACGAGAGCUUCUGUGAUCAGUCCGACCUUCCUAAACAUCCGAGAAUCCCCAAAGGGGAGAAGCAGUAUAAAUGCUUGGAGUGUGGGAAGUGCUUCGGUCGGAGUGCGCACCUCACUUCACACCAGAUAAUCCACACCGGGGAGAAACCGUACCAGUGCCUGGAGUGCGGGAAGAGCUUCGUACAGAGCGCCCAUCUGGCUUCGCACCAGAUAAUCCACACCGGAGAGAAGCCCUACCAGUGCCUGGAGUGCGGGAAAAGCUUCAACAAGAGCACAAACUUCCUCAGGCACCAGAAGCUCCACAAAGGGGAGAAGCCGCACCGGUGCGCGGACUGCAGCAAGAGUUUCUCUGACAAGCCCAGCCUCAUCCAGCACCAGCGAGUCCACACCGGGGAGAAGCCCUACAAAUGCUUGGAAUGCGGGAAGAGUUUCAGCCACAGGGGGAGCCUUAGUGCACACCAGAGAAUGCACACAGGGGAGAGGCCGUAUACGUGCUCCGACUGCAGCAAGAGCUUCCGCGACCAGUCGAGCCUCAUUAGGCACAAGAGGAUCCACACCGGGGAGAAACCGUAUACGUGCUCCGAGUGCGGGAAAAGCUUCAGCCAGAGCACCAAUCUGACUCUGCAUCAGAGAAUCCACACAGAAGGGAAGAUGCCCUCCGAACCCACCCACAUGCUUAACACGGGAAUGGCCGUUUUAGUAUUUUCCACGAAUCCUGCCAAUGGUCUCGUGGCAUCGUCGACGACGCACCUCUUUUGCGCUAGGGGCGUCGGGGAAUUCCUGCAGAGGAGACCCCGGGGAGCCGUGAAGCAGGAACCGGCCGAGGACUCCCUCCAUCACUGGGAAGCCCAGUGGCGGGAGUUCCUGAGGACGGUGGAGACCCCCAAAGAAGUGUGCUGGGCAUCCCCUCUGCCACCAGAAGAGCCCAGCCCCUGGGAUGACGCCAAAGCCUUCCUGGCCUCCUUCGAGCAAGUGGCCGAAGCCUGCCGCUGGCCCAUGGAAGACUGGAUGGCCCACCUCCUGCCAGCCAUCAGCGGAGAGGCUGAGCGGGCCUUUAUCGGCUUGGAGGCCAGAGACAGGGAGGAUUAUGGGAAAGUGAAGGUGGCCAUCUUGCGAGGGGAUGCCAUGAAGCGGGAGAAGAACCGGCAGCGCUUCCGGCGCUUCUGCUACCAGGAGGCCGAGGAGCCGAGAGGGGCUUACCGGCGGCUCCAGGAACUCUGCCGCCGGUGGUUGAGAUUCGAAAGGCACUCCAAGGAGCAGAUCCUGGAGCUGCUGAUCCUGGAGCAGUUCCUGGCUAUUCUGCCGCCAGAGAUCCAGGGCUGGGUGAGGGAUUGUGGCCCAGAGACCUGCUGCCAAGCUGUCACCCUGGCGGAGGAUUUCCUGCUGAGGCAGCGAGAGGCAGAGAGGCAGGGAAACCAGGUGGUCUUUGAGAGGGCAGCUCUGAGUUCCUCUGAGGCAGGCCAGGCCCCAUCUGAGGCCCAGCAGAAGCAGCUGUGCAGGGAGGCCAAGCAAGAAUAUGACAACGACAUCGACGAGGAAGAGGCCGGCCUGCUGGCAGGAGUUGCGUGGGAUGGUGAGAUCGAGGUGGAGCCUGACGCAGCAUCUUCAGAAACACUUCUGCAUCAGGAGGUGGAAGAGCACUCUGAAGAUCGAGGCAGGCCAAACAGGCCGCCGAGAAGGAAUCUGGAACCAAAUGAGAAGAGGAGGAAUAAGUCCGUCGCCAUUCAGGUCGGCAACUUCCACGAAUUCCUCAGCCAGCAAAAGGGAAAGAGGCCGAACAAGUGCCUUGUGUGCGGCAAAAGCUUCAGCUGCAAAUCGAGCCUGAAGGCCCAUCAGAGAGUCCACACGGGCGAGAAACCAUACAAGUGCUCCGAGUGCGGAAAGAGCUUCAUCCAGGUGUCAAACCUUACCGCACACAAAAGAACCCACACAGGGGAGAAGCCCUACACCUGCUCGGAGUGCGGAAAGAGCUUCAGCCGGAGCGACCAUCUGACUUUACAUCAGAGGACGCACACGGGGGAGAAGCCGUACAUGUGUGCCGAGUGCGGGAAGAGCUUCAGUCAGAGCACGGACCUCACCUCACACCAGAGAAUCCACACCGGAGAGAAGCCUUACAAAUGCUUGGAGUGCGGGAAGAAUUUCAGCCGGAGUUACCGCCUCACUAUCCACCAGAGGAUGCACACAGGGGAGAAGCCAUAUAAAUGCCUGGAGUGUGGCAAGAGCUUCAGUCGCAGCGACCAUCUCACUUCGCAUAAGAAAAUGCACCCGGGGGAGAAAUCAUCUUCUACGAUCAGUUUUUCUUCUCCAGCGUCUAUUGUGUUUGUCUGUGUUUUGGUGGGGGCGCGCGAGAGGUUCCCAGGGAACAGCCGGGUUCUUGAGUCUCACAAACACAGUGGAGAGAUCAGCCCAAGUGUCACCAGGAUGAAAAUGGAGGAGCAAGACUCUUUGAACUGCAUGGUGAAGACUGGGUUUGGAGGGGCAGGAGCCCCGCAACCAAAGAGCGCCAGGGAAUUCCACCUAAGGAGGCCGGACGAACAGAUCAAACAGGAAGAGGACGAGGGAAAGUUUCAGAGGUGGGAAACCCAGUGGGAGGAAUUCCUGAAGACAGCGGAGUCCCCCCACUCAAGCUGGGGGACCCCACGGUUGCCGGAGGAGCCCACCCCCUGGGACGACGCCAAGGCCUUCCUGGCCUCCUUCGAGCAAGUGGCCGAAGCCUGCCGGUGGCCCCAGGGAGAGUGGGCGACCCAACUCCUGCCGGCCCUCCGUGGAGAAGCCGAGCGGGCCUUCAGCAGGCUGGAGGGCCGGGACAGAGAGGAUUACGGGAAGCUGAAGGCGGCCAUCUUGUGGCAGGACGCCAUGCGGAGGGAGAAGCAGCGCCAGCACUUCCGGCGCCUCUGCUACCAGGAGGCUGAGGGGCCGAGGGGGACCUACAGCCGGCUCUGGGAGCUUUGCCACGGGUGGUUAAGGGUCGAGAAGCACACCAAGGAGCAGAUCCUGGAGCUGCUGGUUCUGGAGCAGCUCCUGACCAUCCUGCCACGGGAAAUGCAGAGCUGGGUGAGGGAAGGAGGCCCCGAGACCUGCGCCCAGGCCGUGGCCCUGGCGGAGGACUUCCUCCUGAGGCAGCGAGAGGCCGAGAGAGAGGAGAAGCAGAUCCUGAUGCCGUUUGUGGAGGUGGCUGUGAGUUUCUCCGAGGCAGGCCCAGCCUCGGCCGACCUCAAACCGAGGGAGUCGCGCCUGGAAACUAAGCUGGGAGGUGAAAGCGUCCUUUUGGAUUAUGGACAAGGAGAUGAAAGCAAAGAAAAUAAAUACCAUCUUGAGGAUCUAAAGCCCAUGGAGCCUUCUCAAAGGAGAGCCAGAGAGAUCUUUCUUCAGGAUCACGGGGAAGAGGGAGCCUUUGAGGAUGAUCACGGACCUCGGGGGCAGCUGGCUGACCACUGCCUCGGGAGCGCGGUGAUGGAUCGUUCCAUUUCCUCCAUGUUGGAUGAGGAGGCCUUCCACAGGAGCCUCAGGUGGCAGAAAUCGGACUCCCUCAGCGUCCCCGAGGAAGCUUUCCAGCAGGGCCCCGAUUUCAUCACGCAUGGUGCUCAGGAGGGGUCCUACCAGUGCGCAGAGUGUGGGAAGGUCCUCAGCCGCAAGGACCAUCUCAAGAGGCACCAGCAGAUCCACACGAGGAAGAAGAAGCCCCACCAGUGCUCCUACUGCGGGAAGUGCUUCCGCCAGAGGUCGGACCUCAUCUUCCACGAGAGGAUCCACACGGGGGAGAAGCCGCACAGGUGCUCCGCCUGCGGGAAGAACUUCCGCAGCACUUGCCAGCUGAUCGUCCACGAGAGGACCCACACCCGGGAGAAGCCCUACAAGUGCCCCGCCUGCGGCAAGAGCUUCAGCCAGAACGCCAACCUCACGGUGCACCUGAGGACCCACACGGGGGAGAAGCCCUACAAGUGCUCCGCUUGCGGGAAGACCUUCAUCCAGAAAUCGCACCUCGUGAAACACGAGAGAAUCCACACCAGGAAGAAGACGGCGUGCAGUUGCUUAGCUUGGAAAGAGCUUCCGCCAGAAUGAGCUCCUUCCCGACGCAACGGCUGCUUUGCUGAAGGAAAGAACUUCCGCCUCUGAGGUGUACCUCACGGAAGAAGCCGCAGGGAGGAGAACGGCACGAGCGCUUCGUCUGGGAGAUGAGUUUUGGCCGU